AUGAACAACUUCAAUUUCAACAGCAUAUCGGCAUCUAACAGCAAUGCUAGUCAGCAGCAGCAACAGCAGCAGCUGCUGAAUCAGCUCAUGGCUGCCAUCAAUGCCAAUGGCGGAAACAACGUGAACUCGAGUCUAUUCCAGCAGCAGCAACAGCCGCAGCAGCAGUCUCUCGUAGCACACAACUCUGCUUCCGUGAACCAGAACGUUCAAUUGUCGACGCUUCUUCAGAACCAGUCGACUCAACAGCAGCAAAAUGACUUGCGCUUCUCCGCAGCUAGCCAGCAACAACGGCAGCACAGCCUCAGUUUGGCGAAUCUAUCUGAUGGUCUACAACAGACACAAGCGUUCGCCCCUAAUCCCCCGCAACAGCAGCGCCAUCAUAGCUUGAGCUUGGCUCCCUUUCAGAAUGUGACUGCCGCCGCACCGGCUCCCCAACAGCAGCAGCAACAACCGCAGCAAAUGUUGCCGGGAGCUCUCCUGGGCAACAUUGCCAACGGUCGAGCAGGAUCCACCGCCGGUGCCCUCAUGGCUCUGCAACAGCAGCAGCAACGCACCAUGGAUCCUUCCGCCCCGGCUCCUGCCCCCUCUGCCAGCAAGCAGCACAAACAGUUCUUGCUCUUUAUCAAGAUCCUGCUCAAGUGCCUGGAUGCCACGCAGAACACGGUCCUCAAGCAACGCACCAAGGCCAUUGUCAGUGAAUGCACCCGACGAAAUCGACAAGGCGUUCCCGGUUUCACGCCCCUGCAAGAUGCGGUCGAAAAACAACUGCGGGGAGUGGUGGGCGAAGAGUACUGGACACGAGCCCAAAAGUACGUGCACACAUACAACCUCAAGCAACCGCGGCUGCUGGCACGGGCGCAGCAACGAAAACAGCAGCAAAUGUUACUCCGCCAGCAACAGCAGCAGCAAAUGUUGCAGCGAAGACUGGGAGCAGGUUUGCAGCCCACGCAAAUGACAAGGUUAUAG